AUGCACCAUUCUUACAUGCCACCUGCGCCAUUUUCAUCUUCUCUGUCUCUUCUUCCUGCACCUCCGCCAUUUUCAUCUUCUCUGUCUCUUCUUCCUGCACCUACGCCAUUUUCAUCUUCAUUCUCUGUUCUUCUUGCACCUGCGCCAUGUUGCUCCAUUCCUAAUCAAGGGGUUGAAGCUUGCAAAUCUAUCAAUAAUGAUGUAUUUCAAGCAUUAAAGAAGGAACAUGGCCAUUCUGAAAGCAAAAAAGCUCAAGAAGAAUUGAAUGUGAGAAAGAAGGAAGAUUAUUUGUCCUUGCCUGAAGGAUCAGAUUUGUUGCAAUGCAAAAAAAGAAGGGCAUCAACUCCAGGAGUGCUGGAAAAUGCAUUUAAUGUAGCACAAAGAGAUGUGGCAGAUAAGCAAGCUGCUCGCAUGUUCUAUGCGUCUGGUUUAUCCUUUAACUUGGCAAGGUGCCCUCACUUCAGAAAAUAUUCACUCACAUUAGCCAACAGCAAGUUAUCUGGCUAUUCUCCUCCAACAUUCGAUAGAUUACGAACAACAUUACUAGCCCAAGAGAAAGCACAUGUGAAUCGCAAGCUCCAACCGAUAAAAGAUACUUGGAAAAAGAAAGCCAUGUCUCUUUGUUCUGAGGGGUGGUUGGAUAGACAACGAAGGCCACUGAUAAACAUAAUGGCUGCAUCAAUAGGUGGUGCAAUGUUCUUAAAGGCAAUUGAUGCAAGUGGCAACAUAAAGGAUGCUGAUUAUAUAGCAAAUCUGUUCAAACCCGUGAUCCAAGAAGUGGGUUCACAAAAUGUUGUUCAAGUGAUUACUGAUAAUGGAAGUAACUUCAAGGCUGCUGGGGCCAUAAUUGAAGGUAUAUAUCCUCACAUAUUUUGGACUCCAUGUGUUGUGCAUUGCCUAAAUUUAGCUUUAAAAAGUAUUUGUGAACCAUCUGAAAAUUCACCUCAAUUUGCUGAAUGUAAAUGGAUUGCUGAUUUGGUGAGUAGUGUGCAAAAUAUAAGAAAUUUCAUUGUUAACCAUGGCAUGGUACUUUCAAUUUUCAACAAUUACUCGGAAUUGGGUUUGCUAAGAGUAGCGGAAACAAGAUUUGCAUCAAGCAUUAUUAUGGCAAAACGCAUGAGGGAAGUGAAGGAUACACUUAAGAAGAUGGUGAUGGAUCCAAGUUGGAGAAUGCAUCUAAAAUGGGAUGGAAAAUCAGCAAUUGAAAUCAAGGCUAGGGAAGUUAAAAUUUCCAUUGUGAGUGAUAGUUGGUGGGCUGAUUUGGAAUAUCUCUUGGAUUUUACUAAGCCUAUUGUUGAAUUUCUAAGGUUAGCAGACACUGAUGCUCCUGUUCUCCAUUUGAUUUAUGAUAUGUGGGACACAAUGAUUGAGAAAGUUAAAUCUAGAAUAUUUGGACAUGAAAAACAAGAUCUGCUCACUGGCCAAUCUAAUUUCUUUGACGUCAUUCACAAUAUUUUGGAGACACGAUGGAAUAAAAGUAACAAUCCACUGCAUUGUAUGGCUCAUUCAUUGGUUCCUAAAUACUAUACUGAAGCUUGGAUUAGAGGUGGAAGUGAUGGAGUUCCAUGGCUCUCACCACAUGAAGAUCAAGAGGUCUCUUUAAAUAGAAGUAAAUGUUUCAAACGAUUGUUUAGCAAUCAAAAUGAUCUUCAAAAAGUUUAUAUCGAAUAUGGAGCUUUUUCAAGUGGAUCUGGUUACUUUAAUGAGCCUCAUGUUAUUGAUGCAAAAUUGUAUGAGGAACCAAUUUCAUGGUGGGCUAAUCAUGGUGCUUCAACACCAAUGUUACAAGCUUUAGCAUUUAUGUUGCUUUCACAGCCCGUAUCAUCAUCUUGUUGCGAAAGAAAUUGGAGUACAUAUUCUCUUAUUCAAAGCAUCAAAAGAAACAGAUUGACUACAAGUAGAGCUGAGGAUUUGGUCUUUGUACAUUGCAACCUCCGUCUCUUGUCAAGAAAAAAGAAAGAAUACAAGGAAGGGCCAACAAAGUAUUGGGACUUGUGUGGUGAUAAGUUUGAUAUUGAUGGUAAUACUCUUGGGGAACUUGUGGAGCUUUCCAUCAAUGAGCCUGAGUUAGAGCUUAUGACAUUUGAUGAAGAGUUUGAAGAGAGUACUACCUUAAGGAGUGAAGCAACUGAAGAAUUCCAACAAGGAAUGAUGGAUUGA